ACGGUCGACGCGCGCCGUCGUGCGAAUCGUCGUCGCCGCCGCGGUUUCCCGUCGGCCGUCCGCGCUUUGAUCGUCGAAUCGGGAGAGUCGCGCGUGGUUUCGUCGGGCAUUGGUGUUUCGAGAUCUCGGGGAUGGCGUUCUCGGGAAAUGCCGGGGUCGUUUCGUCAAUCUGAUAGAUCGGCGGCGAGUCGCGCGUGCUAGCUGUUUGAUCGUGUUUGUCUUGUUGUUGGUGUUGUAGGAGCUGCUCGUGGGCGGAGAACAACGGAAUUUUGAGGAGGCCGGUGGAUGUUACCGGGCCCCCCGACCGACCGACCGACCGACCUGACCGUGUGAGAAUUUUCGGGAGGAGAGACGGAGGACGAUGUCCGCCAGGAGUGAACAUCAGACGGUGCCACUCUCAGUGCUGCUCAAGCGCGAAUUGGCCAACGAGAAGAUCGAUAGGCCGGAGAUUGUGCACGGGCAGGCUAGCCAGAGCAAGAAAGGGGAGGACUACACGCUGCUCAAGACCGAGUGCCAAAGAAUUGUUGGAGAUGGGGUCACUACCUAUUCUGUUUUCGGCCUAUUUGAUGGACAUAAUGGGUCUGCCGCUGCUGUCUAUUCGAAGGAAAAUCUCCUCAAUAAUGUUUUAGCAGCGAUGCCAUCAGAUCUUAAUAGAGAUGAAUGGGUAACUGCACUGCCGAGAGCCCUUGUGGCAGGCUUUGUCAAGACAGAUAAAGACUUGCAAGAGAAAGCACAAACUUCAGGAACUACUGUCACCUUUUUAAUAAUUGAAGGGUGGGUUAUAACCGUUGCCUCUGUUGGUGAUUCUCGCUGUAUACUUGAAUCCGCUGAAGGAACUAUCUACUAUUUAUCAGCAGACCAUCGGCUUGAGUGCAACGAAGAGGAGAGGAUUCGCAUUACUGCAAGUGGAGGUGAAGUGGGUCGGCUUAACACUGGAGGUGGUGCUGAGAUUGGUCCUUUGAGAUGUUGGCCUGGUGGCUUGUGUCUUUCCCGAUCUAUAGGAGAUAUGGAUGUGGGCGAGUUCAUUGUUCCUGUUCCUUAUGUAAAGCAAGUGAAGCUAUCUACUGCUGGAGGUAGGAUAAUUAUUUCCAGUGACGGUGUUUGGGAUGCUUUAAGUGCAGAGGCAGCACUUGAUUGUUGUCGUGGGAUGCCACCAGAUGCUGCCGCUGCGCAGAUUGUCAAAGAAUCUUUACAUGAAAAAGGACUUCGAGAUGAUACAACAUGCAUUGUUAUCGAUAUAUUACCACAAGAGAAACCAAUGGCUCCUUUGCCACCACCGAAGAAGCCAGGAAAAGGAGUAUUCAAGUCUAUGUUUCGUAAAAAGUCAUCCGAAUCAUCUUCUCAGAUUGAUCAAGAAUAUAUUGAGCCAGAUGUAGUGGAGGAGUUAUAUGAGGACGGAUCCGCAAUGCUCUCAGAAAGGCUAGAUACAAAAUACCCCCUAUGCAACAUGUUUAGGCUAUUCAUGUGUGCUGUAUGUCAAGUAGAGCUAAAGCCAGGAGAGGGUAUAUCCAUACAUGCUGGUUCAUCAAAUCCAGGAAAACUGAGACCAUGGGAUGGACCUUUUCUUUGCUUGAGUUGCCAAGAGAAAAAAGAAGCCAUGGAAGGGAGAAGACCAUUUGGAGAUGGGUCAUCUAGACAUAGUAGCGGAAGUGAUUAGCGAGCCCCUUUGACUAUGCGAGUGACUGACAGAUGUCCGAAAGUAUAUGCUAAAUGGGAGAUGAGCUAACUUCCUUCAGUAUCACUUUGAGCGUUCACCUGGUGAAUUUUGAAUUUUACUUCCGAGCUCAUUGGGAGCUCAGUGUAAGGUUCCAAGGACCAAAUCAGAAGACCAAGAGUGUUGAUAGUUUCUUGAAUAUCCAGUUUCUGACUUCAAAACCAAGGGACGAACGAUACCAGCCUCUUUGCACAGUAUGUGGACAGCUGUCAUAAGUUUGGCUGUCCUAAUGACAUGUCAGAGGUAAUUAAUUUUUUGAUUUUGAAUUCAUUCUGCUGUACACGGUUUCUUCCAAUUGUAGAGCUAACAUUCAAGUUUACCCAUCUCCACUGUAAUAUCAACGUAAAGGGGGCUUGAUGAGGGUUCAUAUGCCCAGUCGGCUUCCUGAAUGAUUGGUGUUUUGUUCUUCUUUGAGAAGUAGGGAAGUCAGUUUGUGGAAUAGAUAUGGGGGGAAUUGAUAUUUCCCAGCAAGAGGCGCUUCUGUAUGUACUUUGUUGGGUAGUGACAUUUUUUCAUUGAAUAGAAAUCAGGCUGUUGAA